AUUCAUACAUGUAAGCACGUGUGUCACUUCCACUGGCAGAGUUUUUGUAAACAAAUUAUUAGUUGAGUUUUCAAGCUUUUACGCGAGAAAAAUGUCUGUGCCAUUGUGUGUUAAGGACAAAUUUACGUGCCGGGUUAGUUCUACAUUGGACAGAAAUGUUUCUGAGUACGGGAAGAAAUACAUGUUUGAUGACGACAAUGAAAGAUGCUGGCAAAGUGACAAAGGAAAAUCUCAAUCUGUAAUAAUUACAUUCAACGAAGAAGUAGAAGUGUCGCUUAUUAAAAUCCAGUUCCAAGGUGGGUUUGCUGCAGAAAAGGCACAUAUUGAAGCAGGACCAGAUGUCAAUAAUUUAACAUUCGUUCAAGACAUUUAUCCAGAAGAUGUAAAUUCGUUGCAAGAGUUCAAACUUGAUCAUCUUGUAAAAGCUACUGUAUUUAAAAUAAUUUUUGAAGAUACCACAGAUUUCUUUGGUAGAAUUGUUAUAUAUUCUUUAAAUCUUUACUCGUAACAUCUGCUCCUACUGAGCUUUCAUAAUUCUUACAUUUAUAAGUCCUGUUGUUGAAUUGUAGGUAUUUUUAUAAAAAAAAGACUGAAUAAAAGUUUUUUAUUUAUUCAUAAUAAAUUCUACAAAACUAAAGUACAUUCAUAGUAUUUGAUAACUUUUAUUUACUUUGUGUUGACAAUUUUGGAUUUUUUCUACUUUAAAUGUAAUUAUUAUUUUGUUAAGCUAAAUAUAGACCUGUACAAUAACAAUGUGAUAGUUAUAUUAUGAUAUAAAGUUAAAUAUAUAGCUCCUACUGGCAUUUGAUUUCUAGCUGUAUUUUUUUUAAUUUAAGAAAAUUGUAUCAUAUAUGGAAGAGUUACAAUAUUAAUUGUGCUAAAAUUAUAAUCAGUCGGUACUUGAAAUUUUUUAAUCUAGUAAUUUUACUAAUUCACGCUACUGCUAUAUAUGAAAUUUUAUUUAUGAAUUUUAUAUGAGACCAGAUAGAUAUAUCGCAGCAACUAGCAUAGAGCUUUACAUACUUUUGUAUUAAUAUUCUUGCAUACUUAGAGGUAUUUAUAAAAAAAUAUCAUAAAUGAACAACAUUUUAACUAGCACGCUCGAAUUUCUGCUUAUAGUCUUUUCUUCGAUGUAACUUUAUAUAAUUAAAAAAUAUACAUAAUUAAUCGGUACUAGUUGCUUGAUGAUACAAUAAUAAGUAAGAUAUCGUUGAUUUGAACGUUUCACAAUAAUUAUCGUGGUAAUCAACUGAAUCAUACAAAAAAAAAAAA